AUGGAUUUCUCAAACUCCCAGGAUUCCACCACUGAUUCAGCAUACAGUCCUCAGAUCCUCAACGAGGUUGACACAAAUGUGGGCGGCGCAGAAGAACCCAUAGACUAUUCUCAGCCCAAUCAAUCACUAUCACCGCCUCUCGAUACUGCCUCAGAAUCCAAAACGAACUCUCCUAAUCCUACAUACCAUCAGCAACCAUCUCCCAGGCCAGGUUCUGGAUUGGCUGGACAGCAAGGGCAAUACCAGGACCAGAAUCGACCACCACAGCAGCAGCAGAACAAAAGCAGUGUCGUGAUCAAAGUUGGAAUGGUUGGAGAUGCACAGAUUGGCAAAACGAGUCUGAUGGUAAAAUACGUGGAAGGAAGCUGGGAUGAAGAUUACAUUCAGACGCUUGGUGUCAACUUUAUGGAGAAAACCAUCUCGAUCCGGAAUACCGAGAUCACCUUCUCUAUCUGGGAUCUUGGUGGACAGAGGGAAUUCGUCAAUAUGUUACCACUGGUUUGCAAUGAUGCGGUUGCUAUACUAUUCAUGUUCGAUUUGACACGAAAGAGCACACUGAACAGUAUCAAAGAAUGGUAUCGGCAAGGGAGAGGAUUCAACAAGACUGCCAUUCCCUUUCUCAUCGGCACCAAAUACGACCAUUUCGUCAGCUUUCCCAAGGAAGACCAAGAGGAGAUCAGCACUCAAGCACGACGGUUUGCGAAAGCCAUGAGAGCAAGUCUGAUAUUCAGCAGCACUAGCCACAGCAUCAAUGUUCAGAAGAUCUUCAAGAUCGUACUAUCCAAGGCAUUUGACCUGAAAUGCACCAUCCCCGAAAUCGAAAAUGUAGGCGAGCCACUCCUUCUGUAUCAGACCGUUGUAUGA